CGCGGGGCCGCCUCCUCCGGGCUCCCCGGCGCCGCUCGGCUCCCGGGCGGGCGGCAGGUGCAGCGCGGCUGGGCGGCUGGCGAAGGGGACGCCGAGGCGGCGGGUGGAUGAGAGGUGGUCCCGAUCUCCGCGCAGGGGACCCCGAGCGUCAUGUUAAGGUAAAGCAGAGGGGCUCAGUGCUGAACAUGCUAAGGAGGCUGGACAAAAUCAGGUUCAGAGGUCACAAGAGAGAUGACUUCCUUGAUCUAGCAGAGUCUCCAAACGCCUCGGACACCGAAUGCGGAGACGAGACACCCCUGAAGACACCUCGGACCUCGCCCCGGGACAGCGAGGACCUGAGGGACCCUGCUGGUCCAGGGACCCUCAUCAUGGCUGCAGGAGUCCAGGACUUUAACCGGACAGAGUUCGAUCGCUUAAAUGAGAUCAAAGGUCACCUGGAAAUCGCGUUACUGGAAAAACACUUCUUACAGGAGGAGCUCCGGAAGCUGCGAGAGGAAACCAACUCGGAGAUGCUGCGGCAGGAGCUGGACCGGGAGCGGCAGCGGCGGAUUGAGCUGGAGCAGAAGGUCCAGGAAGUGCUGAAGGCCAGAGCCGAGGACCCGCCAGCUCAGCAGCCUCCAAAAGGGCAGGCCCAGGUCAAUAAUGGAGCAGACCGACGGAGCCAGGGGCUGUGCCCCCGUGUCCAGAAGUGGUUCUAUGAGAAAUUCGGGGAGUACGUGGAGGACUUCCGGUUCCAGCCCGAAGAGAGCACGGUGGAGACGGAGGAGCCCCUCAGCGCCCGGAGGUUGACCGAGAACAUGAGGAGGCUCAAGCGCGGUGCCAAGCCCGUCACCAGCUUUGUGAAGAACCUCUCUGCCUUAUCCGACUGGUACUCCGUCUACACGUCUGCCAUCGCCUUCACCGUGUACAUGAAUGCCGUGUGGCAUGGCUGGGCCAUCCCCAUGUUCUUAUUUCUAGCAAUUUUGAGGUUAUCCCUCAAUUACCUCAUAGCCAGACGAUGCUGUCUCCUGUUUGCCAGGGGCUGGAGGAUACAGUGGAGCAUCGUGCCUGAAGUGUCCGAAGUGGUGGAGCCUCCAAAGGAAGACCUGACCGUGUCUGAGAAGUUCCAGCUCGUGCUGGACGUCGCCCAGAAAGCCCAGAACCUCUUUGGCAAGAUGGCCGACAUCCUGGAAAAGAUCAAGAACCUGUUCAUGUGGGUGCAGCCUGAGAUCACACAGAAGCUGUACAUCGCGCUGUGGGCCGCCUUCCUCGCCUCCUGCUUCUUCCCCUACCGCCUGGUGGGGCUGGCCCUGGGACUCUACGCCGGAAUCAAGCUUUUUGUCAUCGAUUUUAUCUUCAAACGCUGCCCGAGGCUGAGAGCCAAGUAUGACACUCCCUACAUCAUCUGGAAGAGCCUCCCUACGGACCCCCAGCUCAAGGAGCGCUCCAGCACCGCUGUGUCACGCAGGCCGCAGACGGCCUCCUCGCGGAGCUACGUGACCAGCGCGCCCGCCGGCCUGAACAAGGACGAGGACGCCAGCCGCGUCCACGGCGCCAAGAAGAGCAAUUUCCACGAAAUCUUUAACUUGACAGAAAACGAGCGUCCGCUGGCGGUGUGUGAGAGCGGCUGGCGGUGCUGCUUGAUAAACAGAGACCGGAAGAUGCCGACCGACUACAUCAGGAACGGGGUCCUGUACGUGACGGAGAAUUACCUGUGCUUCGAAAGCUCCAAGUCCGGCUUCUCCAAGAGGAACAAAGUCAUCAAGCUGGUGGACAUCACGGAUAUCCAAAAGUACAAGGUCCUCUCCGUCCUCCCGGGGUCGGGCAUGGGGAUUGCCGUGUCCACGCCAUCAACACAGAAACCGCUGGUGUUCGGCGCCAUGGUGCACAGAGACGAGGCGUUCGAGACCAUCUUCAGCCAGUACAUGAAGAUCACGGCGGCGGCGGCAUCGGGCGGCGACAGCUAGGGUUGCCUCGCCGUGACGUCGCUGGGAGUUUUUCUUUUUUUAAUAAUUCGGUAGUGCAGAAAAA